AUGGCACGUCCAAUAACAUUCGUAACAGGCAACGCAAAGAAACUUGAAGAAGUCAUACAAAUCCUAGGUAACAAAUUUCCCUACCCACUGACUAAUAAGAAAGUAGAUCUUCCUGAACUGCAAGGAGAAGUUGAUGAAAUUUCAAGAAGCAAAUGUCUCCAAGCAGCCAAAAUAAUCCAAGGACCAGUCAUAAUUGAAGACACAUGCCUAUGUUUCAAUGCAAUGAAAGGCCUGCCAGGUCCUUACAUAAAAUGGUUCCUUGACAAAUUGGGUCCAGAAGGAUUGCACACAAUGCUGGCAGGUUUUGAGGAUAAAACAGCUGAAGCAGUGUGCACAUUUGCUUUCUACAGUGGAGAAGCAGGAGAUGAAGUACAGAUAUUCAAAGGUAUAACCAAAGGAAGUAUUGUUUCACCAAGGGGACCAAGAGAUUUUGGAUGGGAUCCAUGUUUUCAACCUGAGGGCUUUGAACAAACUUAUGCAGAGAUGCCAAAAGAAGAGAAAAAUAAGAUUUCACAUAGACACAAAGCUUUGAGUAUGUUACAAGAGUAUUUUGUUCAGAAAAGUGAAAAAGAAACAGAUUCUGCAGUUGUUUGUAAGAAAACUAAAGUAGAAGUUUAAAUUUUGUUCAAAAUAAUUGAGAAUAUUAUAAAUAAACUUGUUACCAACUGAUAAUAA